AUUCAUGUGCAAUUCCAGGUCUUGCAUCCUAAAAACCCUGUUGCUCCGACUCUGCAUUUCAAUAUCCGCUAUUUCGAGACCGAUGCUCCAAAGGAUGUUCCUGGAGCUCCGAGACAAUGGUGGUUCGGUAAUGGCACUGAUUUAACACCUGCUUACAUCUUUGAAGAGGAUGUCAAGCACUUCGAUUCGAUUCAAAAGCAAGCCUGUGACAAAUUUGAUCCGUCCUUCUACCCUCGGUUCAAGAAAUGUUGUGACGACUACUUUUACAUCAAGCACGGUGAUGAGAGGCGAGGGCUUGGAGGGAUUUUUUUUGAUGAUUUGAAUUACUAUGAUCAGGAGAUGCUUCUGUCAUUUGCCACUGAAUGUGCAAGCUCAGUGAUACCAGCUUAUAUACUCAUAGUAGAGAAACGUAAAGACACGCCAUUUACGGAGCAGCACAAGGCAUGGCAACAGUUACGAAGGGGGCGAUACGUUGAAUUCAACUUGGUGUAUGACCGUGGGACAACAUUUGGUCUGAAGACAGGAGGGCGAAUAGAGAAUAUUCUUGUCUCUCUUCCGCUAUCUGCAAGAUGGGAAUAUGACCAUAAACCAGAAGAAGGAACUUAG